AUGAUCGGACUACUCGCUAUCACCUCAAUCCCGGUGGUGACAGGUGUAUCACUCGCAUCCAGCGAGCAACGCAAAGCAAACCAGCGCAAGGAAGACGCCCGUCGCAUGGUGAAGUUCAACAUCGAAGCAGAAUGUCUCGGGGAUACAGAUGAUGACCGUGAAUUAAAUGGGAUGACCGUUGUGGUGAGAGAUGAAAAGGUAAGAAUAGACACCCGAAGAGCACCGAGAAUUCGAAUCGAAAAGGAGAUACAACUCCUCUCACUAUUCGAAACUCAAGCUGAUAUCUUCGCCCGUUCCCAGGUCUACCUCGCCGACAAAGAUCCCUCCAAACGCUCCCCUCCAGCUUUCACAGCCUUAGCCUUCUACAUCGAAUACCCAGAACCAGAGGAAUUGAAAUAUCUCAAGCGCGAGCGCGGUCUCGGCCUCCCGACUUAUGUGCAGGACAACCCGCCGCUGCUCAAUUGGAUAUAUGCGGAUAAGGAAACGCAUGAGUUGCGGUACGGAAACCGGUCGCAGAGCGUGGAGCAGGUGGUUGAGCCAUGGGAUUGGUCUAAGGAUGAGAAAACUAUUUUGCUUGAGGGGAAGGACGCUUUCUUUGCGAUUGAGGAAGAGGAGGGUGAAUGGGCGCUCUAUUAUGAUCGGGAUGGCGAUGAACUUGCUCGCGUUCUUGAAGAGCAGGGCUUGUUGGAUUGUGCUUUUGUGCCAGUUACUUUGGUGAGGAAGAUUGUGGAGGAGAAACCACCGCCGCCUCCUACUGCUCAGGCUGCUCCUCGGGGUCAGGGUCAGGGCCAAAAGCAAACGGAUGGAGCGGGACAAAAAUAA